AUGGUCUCGUACGGCUCGUCGCUAUCGUCCUGGGUCUACUUGGCCGACUGGAUCCUAGCGCUAAUUCUCGGGUUGGCGUUUGUCUUCUGGUUCCCUCGAUUGGUGGGGUUCGUGUUGACCCAAAUCCUCCGUCUCUUCAUCUGGCGGCGCUGCAAGAUACGAAUAUCGCUAGAUGCGUUCCGAAUUUCUCCCUUGGGUGGUCGAGUGACCGCCAAAAACAUUGUGAUCUCGAACCAGGAUUAUACGAUAUCUAUACUACGUCUCAACCUUACUUGGAGAUACUGGUUGUUUCGACCAACACGAAUUCUGGAGUACUUUUUGCGCCGUGGAGGAAACGACGCCGAGGAAUCAGAGGGCGUCAGCUCUCAGCAGAACGCAAAGCUUGCAAGCAGUCUUCAGCUUCUACUAGAGGGACUCGAGGUGUUCAUGUACAACAGACAAGUCUCAUAUGACAAUAUCUUAGAGAAACUAGAGAAAGAGCUACCGCAAUCCCAGAGAGAAGCUUUAAGAUCCCGCUUUGGCUCGGCAUCUUCUUCGGCUACUCAUACAUCGUCGCCCAAGGAGUCCACUCAGAACUCCUCAGAGGCUGCUUCUUCCGAAAGUGAAAAAGUGGAUGGCAGCGCGUCCAACUCCGUAGGAUUUUUGCUCCAUAUUCUCCCCAUAUCCGUUCGAAUUAAGAAGGGGGCCUUCGUAUUGGGCAACUCGACUACCCCGACCAUUCUUGUUGCUUCGUUUAAAUCAGCUCUAGGUCUAGUGGAUAUCCAUGGUGCGCCAACUAAAUUUGACAAAUAUAGAGCACACUAUGAUCUCAAUAUGGAGAGAUUCCAAGUUUCCAUGAAGACGAACAUAUCUUACGACCCACUGAGGUACUCAUCAGAGGCAUUUGCUCAUAGAGGAGGUGCUAAAACGAGGCACGCAUUGUCCCUAAAACGCUUCCAAAAGCUCUUUCACAAAUUUCUGGUCCAGAGGCUAAUCAGCAAGAAGGACUCUAAUAUCAACGAAGAAUGGCGUGGUUUGAGACGAUACAUAGACGACUUCCAAGAUGAGAGAUUGAUGAAUUUAGCCACAAUCGAGGAAUACGCCAAAUACAGUAUUCUUUUGGACUCUGUGUCAACUCAGCUCAUCUAUUACUACGAUGUUCCAGGAUUGAACACCACGAGUUCUCUCAAACAAAAAAGGUCCCCCAAGUUUGGCGUCGACUUGAUUGUCUCCAUGGGUACUUUUCACUAUGGCCCAUGGGCUGAUCGGCAGCGUGGGCCACUUCAUGCAUUGUUAUUUCCAGCAUUAGCUCGUGAUAGCGAGCCAUCACCAGCACCCGAAUCAUGGGGAACUCAACGAACCUACGACGGCUUUUAUUUUAAUCUCAUGGUGAAAGAUGAGUUGAUUAUAAGAACUCCUACCAGAGAGUUGAGCAAAGACAGAGAGCAACUUGCUCACCAAGCAUCCGAAAAGGCUAACCAGAAGAUCACAAGACCCUUCGGAUGGUUUGAGCUAAAACUUGCUGCUGCCUCUAAGAUUUCAUCAUUUAAUUCUUACAAGGCAUUCGAGAAUGGCUGGCCAAACAGAGUGACUUGCUUUUUUAGAAAACCUGAAAUGCGCUCAUCAGUGAAUCACGAUGUAUUCUUUCUUGCAGAUGAGCAUACUAUGGACUGUAAUAUCAACUUUCCUCUCAAGUGGAAUGGCGAUACAACUUGGACGUUCAACAAUAAAAGCAAAAACGGCCAGCUAUUUUACCUUCGAGAUCAUGCAUUUUUGAUGACUGAUCUUUUAUCUGACUUCGCAUCUGGGACGCCGCCCCCUUAUGAACAGUUCCGGCCCUUUCAGUAUAAUAUCAAUUGGGACAUCGAGAACUAUAAAUUGCAUUUCAACGUCAAUGACCAUAACAUUAUCAACAACGCAUUGGAUUUUAGCAACAACAAAUACAUUUGCUUCCAUGGCAAGAACCUCGGGAUAGUCUCCACUAUCCCGCUCCUAGGCAACUUCGCUAAAAGUACAACCAUUGAUUACACAUUGUUCACAGACAGAUUGAAUCUUUCUCUUGAGGUUCCCCCGUGGCACACAUGUCAUUCAUUCCUCAAAGGUGAUAACAAGAUGGGACAAGCUGACAACUUUGAGGUUUCCGGAAAGUAUACUUUUUACAGGAACAUUGAAAUCAAUUAUAGCAACUAUAAUGUCAUGGAUGCCAUUGGUGACAACAUUACUAUGGUAUUCUUUGGUGGCUUCAUUCGGUAUCUCUUCACGUUUCGUGAAAACUACAUGGGCGACUACAAACACUUCAAGACUUUCGAGGAAUAUACGCAGGGUGCAAAUUUGGGCUUCAAUGAUGACUCAGAGGCAUCUUUGAGAUCAAUGGCCAGCAAUGAAGGUUCAGUCAAGGAAAAGAAUGAGGAGGAGGAUUAUCCGUAUUGGGAUGAACUCAAGACUGAAAAUGAUCUCAACGUUUCCUUCACUUUCAAGGCUAGAAAUGGUCUUAUAGUUUUGCCUAGUCACAUCUUCGAUCAUAAAAGCCAUCUUGGUUUGAAUUUUGACUAUCUUGAUAUCGAUAUUCAUUUAUGUCACUUCUAUAUGGACCUACAGGCUGAUUUCAGUCCCAUAACGGGCUAUCAAUUUACGGAGAUGACCCCAAAAAAUUAUCGAGGUAUAAUUUUCAAUCUCGAGGAGUACAGGGGAAUCGGUGAGACCAUCGGCGGUGAUGUGUUUAUUGACAACUUUCAGGUCCACACACACAGGAUGCUUGGCCUUGCCCCUAGUCUUCUAACUUACCAUUGUAAAUGGGACUUUUCUUGUGCAUCAUUUUUGUUUGACACUCACCCUUCCUGUUUAGCUGUAUUGAAGCUGUUCUUUGUGAACUUCAUUACAGGCUUCAAAGAUCUCGAAAAUACUUUUAUCUACGAAAUACCGCUAGUCUUCGACAUGGCAAAUUUUACAUUUAGAUGCGAAGAGCUUAUAAUAAGACUCGACACUGGUAUUCCCAAUGUUACUUUCAAGCUUGCGUUUGAUGAUAUGCUUGUGGCUUUUUGUGACAUUGCCAAUGAGCGUUACAGUUCGAAAAUCUGUGUAUCUAUACCAAGCAUCACCGUGGACGUAGCGGAUGAACUGUUUGAUAAGAAGUAUCUAUUUUGCUUAAGGACAUCAUUGAUGUUCACUGACAUCUGCCGUAAAGCGUGGCCAAACGACUUCCGCAGAAAUCAACAAGCUUGGGCAAGAAGAAAUGAUGCACCAACGCACAGGAUCCCAUUCUUGAUGAAUGAGGAUUCUAAAGAUGUCACCUAUGAAAAUGCCUUUGGUUGUCUUCCCACCAGCAUCACUCUCCCACAUGCAUCUAUUCCACUCACAGAUGAAUAUUUUCUUGUCAGAGAAACAAAAGGCUACGAUGAUGAUCUUCCCUCUGUUGAAUCACUGGAUUUUUCGCUUUGCGAUUUUGAUACAAACGAAAGAUUUGACCCCACAACUGACUAUCAUGCUAGUGAUGUGACUCCAGAUACGAAACAAGAACCAGGUCACAAAACAGAUGCUUUCAUUUUGGAAUUUGACGCGAUUGAUGGAUUUUUGACCCCUUUGGCCGUGAGCGCCUUUUUGGGCUUAGCGGAGGGAUUCAACGUAAUCGAUAUCGAGACACUUCUCGACUUUUUGCAGGCAAAAACUGUCAAAGAUACCAAGAUGUUCAUUACUCCGCUUAGCGUUUGCGAUAACAUUCGAUUUGUUGCACCCGAAAUCAGCUUUCGAAUCUCCGAGGAACCCAUUCUCGCUCCGAGUGAUGUUAUAUGUUCUUCUCCCAAAGUCCCAGUCAUGACCAUCAAUGUUCAGGAACCUUCGAUCGCAUUUACCAAGCUCACAACAAGAAUCAAGGAGACUCACGAUAUUAAAUUGAACGAACCCCUCGCGUUGGCAACACAUAUAAAAAGCAUAAGUGCGUUUCUCCAUGAUCCUCAGUUCUUUUCGCCUUCAGCAACAUGUUUGAUAGAGGAGCUCGAAAUAUGGCUAGCUAAGGAUGAUGAAGAGGGAUUGGUUACCUCCAUUCUGCUACGUGACAUGAAGCUUUCUCUAUUUCAAGGAGAUGUUCUGUGGCUAUUUUCAUUCAUAAAGAACUUGAUCACCGGUUUUGCAGAUGCUCAUGUUGACAAAGCGACGAAUGACUUACUGAACAGUAUGAAGAAACUCAUUUUCUUGAUAGCGAACGCCGCAAAAACAUCUGGACUUGAUCAUGAUCCCACUGUGCUCACCAAACCAUCGAGUGUUCUUCGUUCCUGCGAUGACCAUGUGAGAUUUUAUGAUGGCUGGAAGCUCGGGACGAAGUUCAGAAGUAUUGUUCAAAGAUUAUCGAAACUUGACUACGAAAGAAUGAAUGAGCAAGUAAAGGAUACUUCAUGGAUCGUUCCGCUGACAGCAAAGGAUGAAGUAAGCACUGCGUUUAGCUCAUGGCGUACCUGGGAACGACAAGAGGUUCAAAGGGAGAUUUACUUAGCAAAAGUCUUUGAUCUGACUACUAGAGAAGUGCAAGGGCCUACCAGGGUCCACUUGGAAGUCAUGACGAUGAGAUUUGAAUUAAUUGAUCCACAGGGACAAAAGGACUGUCUUUCGCUACGUGGAAUCAAAGUGAUCUGCCACAAGUUUCCAAACAUAAAUCAAGUGCCCAAAACCUUGUUGUAUGUCAACUUCGAGGAAAUAGAUGCUGGCUUUUCAAUGAUAACUGUCAAAGCUCUGAGGACAAUACGAGAUUCUAUAGAGGGUCUACCUAAACGUGAGAUUCCCGGUCAUGAUCACUCGAGUGAAAGUGGAGAAACUUCUACUAAUGAUGUGUUAACAGUCGCAUCUAAAGCAUCGACAGCUUCAAGAGACGACUCGCUAUUUUUUGCGUUUGGUUCAAUAAAACUAGCCCAUGUAAGGUUUCAAUUGCCUCAUUCCUUCGUUGAGCUUAGUCUAUUUGACAACUUCAACGGCUUCCAUAAGAUAAGGUCCUGUUCGUCCUUAGCUUCGAAUACCAAAGAAUACAACUUGUCUUUAGGUAGAGAAACAAUGAAUCAUGUUGAGUUGACUUUAAGUCAGGUGAACUUGAUGCUUGCGAAUGCCGUGGGAACCAAAGGCAAGGCUCAUCAAGUCGACAUUGGUUUUGAAGAUUGUGAAUUCAAACUAUCGGACUAUCAUGGCCAGUUGCUAAAGUCGUUGUGCUUCAUAAUCGAAGAAGAUCUACCGGUCUUGAAAAGUCUGCUUCAAUCAAACCAAAAAAUUGAGCGAAAAGAGUUCACAAAAUCCAAACCGUUCCAAAUUUCAGAGCUUCCAGAUUUCCAGAUGAACUUUUUACUAGGUCACAUCUCUUGUGAUAUACAGAUCCUUUGUCCUUUAUUCUUCCAAUUCAGUCUAUUGAAGAGUCAAACAUCGAUCAGACACAAGUAUGAGAAGUUGACCUAUGCAAGUAAGUUCAGAAAGGUUCUGUUUGAUAUUAAGAUCAAUGAAUUCCCUCUUUUAAGAAUUGAAGAUACACACUUCCUGGUUUCACUGCGAGUGAUACAGAUCGGUGACGUUUUUGCAGUUGAUGGUGACCUCAAUCUCGGGUUUUUAAAGCUUACGAAUCUUAAUGUCACAAAUUCACUUCACGAGUUGUUAAAAAGACUUGAUAAAAUUAGUCAGCGAGUUUCCGAAUUAAAGCUGCUUGUGCCUCCCAGGUCAACCGUACUAAAGGAACCUGUUACUCAGAAGGAACAAGCUAAUGCACUUGAUAAGAUUGUCGUUAAGAUUAAUUUGAAACAGGAAAAUCUAAGCUUCUCGACUUUCCGAGAUCGAACUCGUUACUCAUUAGAGCUAGAUGGAAUGUCUCUUUCCGCUACAAAUAUUUUUAGGGAUGCGCUGGGAUUCGUUCAAGUUUGUUCCCUUUUUGGUGAAUAUUCUAUACCUGUCAUGAGAAUCACACUUAUAGAUCAAAGUAUCCCUGUUGGCUUGUCUACAUUGCUUGACUUGAAUGUGACGGCGAAAGUAUCAAAUGACGUCUCUGAAGAUGGAAGUGUACCGGCAAUACAAACUAAGUCACUUCAGAUCGAAUCUGAGCACUUGCGAAUUUGUCUCAGUCCAUGUAUGCUUUUCAAGUUGGUGGACUUUGUUGAUCUGAUUACAAAAGUAUAUGCAAGUUAUGAGGUGAGUAUUCCAAAAAGAAAUGCAAAUCAUGAUAGCCAAAAAGGUUUUAAAACUCCACAAAGCAAGAGCAAGGAAGAGAAGUCAUUUACUUCUAAAUUUUCGUCAGUACAUGUGUUAUUUUACAACUUUUGCAUCGGCUGGCUCUUUGGCUCUUCCCAUAAGGAUUAUCCUGGCAUCAUAUUGGGAGCUGAGAGAAUUUUUGCGGUGACAAAGCAUGAUCUUGGCAAGUUAAGCUUGAUGGAAGGAUACUUGUCUGCUGCAAACGGAAAUACAAGUACUAGCUUUUACAGUAUGCUGUCUGAGCUCAACAGUUUGAACCGUGCCUUCAUGCCCAAGAUGCAAUUCAACUAUUGCAUAACCAAAAACGAUGAGCUUUGGGUCGAUCUUAAGGGUGACGAGCUUGAUGUUCGUUUCAUGUCAAACUCUUUGGUAAUCGUAGAGCGGACUGUGAAGUCAGGCUCUGAAGUUCAAGACUUCUUCCAAGGUAGGUCCAGGGUUACGCAACGGCGAAAGUCUUAUAAACAUCAAAUGCCGCAAAAAGUGAAGCCAAAGCCAAGCACGCCGUUUAAGCCGCCAUUCUCAUCUGUUCAUACCAGCAUCUCUUUUGCGGGUUCUCGAGUACUUUUCUACCGAUUGCAAGAGGAAAACCUUCUGGAUGUGCCACCUUCGUUAUCGUUGCAGUCUCCAUCGGUGAAUUUAGCAGUUCAGUACAAGCACCUUAAGGAUGGGCAGAAGAAGCACAAUAUCAAGUUCGAGGUUUUAAUGAAACUGUCUGAUAAUACUGUGUACUCUUCAUGUGUUCCAGUAAUAAUGGAUUUCGUUGACGCCAUGAAACUGAUGCUCAGGAAUAGCAAGAGGGAUCAUGUCGAAAUCAAUACCAGUAUCAAGGAAGUUGAGCCUAGCUCUGACGCAGGUUCGAAUAUCGGAAAGAUACUCAAGGAUGUUGAUUUUCAUCUCGGCGUUAUCAUUGAAAGUCAAAAAUUGUCUCUUAGUUGUGAGCCAACGGCUAAAGUGGCUGCAAUUGUGGAGUUCGAUGGCGCUUCGGUGCUGGCGACAAACAACCUUUUGGAUUCAUCGACGAUUGACAUCGUGACACGUCUCGACCGAAUUGGGGCGUCAUUGCAGCAUAUUUAUUCAGAUGAGAAAAGUGGUUUCAUUGGACUCCAUUCUAUUGUGGUUUCCAACUCAAUUACCUUUGAAAAGACUGUCAAUAUCGUUUCCAGCGGGUGCAUCUCUGACGUGAAGGCAUAUGUGAAAAUGAAACAGUACCAAGAUGUCGAUUUAUUCAGAGAUAUCUGGUACCCGAAGAGCUACCAAAUUUCCAGAAGACAUCUGUCAUCAAAAUUGCCUCUGAAGAAAGCUCAUUCAAGGAAGAAGGAGGUGACAUCGAGUUAUGCAAUUCCGUUCUCGCUCACAUACAUUUUGUCAAAUUGUGCCAUUGAAGUGGACUUUGGUGUUGCAUUGGGUGUGGUUGUCCUUGAGGUGAACAAGAGUUGGUUGGUUUCCAGAAAAACUUCAGAUUGGUUUUAUGAUAUGGAUUUUGGUUUACAAGAGCUUCUUGUAAACUCUCAGGGACGUUUGGGUGGCUAUGUGAAGUUGGACAAAGCGAACGUUCAUUCAACAAUCGAAUGGAGGUUGAAAGAGCUUCCGCUGCUUGAUGUUCCAUUGGUGAAAUUUUCAGGUGGUUUUAAUAGUCUCACGUUGAAGUUGUCCUUUGAUCAGCAUACUUUUGCUGUUGGAAACAUGGAGGGAUGGCGCAUUGAGGUGUACAAUCGAAAAAACGGAAUCAACAUUCUGAAAGAUCAUUUGUACAUGAUGAUCCAAUACAAAAGUACGGAAGUUUUCCUCACCUCACUUGCAGCCUCUGAUUUUCACGACAUUUUCAGCACGAUGUCAAGAAUGUUGGAUGAAAAAAGGACUUACUAUAGGGAGAUUCUUGAUGAUUCAAGCAAGGAUGCCAUGAAACGUCACGAGGAAAUUCCUAUGAACAAGCUUUUGGAAGUUGUGAAGAAGCUAGAGACCAAUAUUGAAGUGCGGACAGGAACAACAGCCAUACAAGUGUAUCCACAAUCUUUCGACGAUACUCGUGUGCUCUAUAUCCAGCUCGAUAAAUCGAACGCAAGUUUCUUCCAAAAUGAAUACACUUUGGGUGUGUCAAACGAGAUUGAGCUCAGAUUCAAUAAUUUGAAAGCAUCAUUGUCCACAGCAGCCGGGAUCUCUAGUGAAGCUAUAGACGCUUUGAGUGUUCCUGAAUUCGUGCAAUACGCUAGAAAUGCAAAAGGAGGUACAAUCUUCCUUUCACCAAAGUUCAUGAUCUCUAUGAGGACAUUUCAGAGGUAUAACACCAAUGUCAUAGAGUACCUCUUCCAAUCGUCAUUUGGAGGCACAGUAGAUGUGAGAUGGAACCUUGGUUCAGUUAAUUGCGUACGUGAGAUGUACGCUGCGCAUAGAAGAGCGUUGGCAUCUCGUACCGAAUAUUCAGGCGGAAAACUCGGUAAGUUGAGAAAUACAGAAGACAUUGAGAAUGCUGUCUUUGGUAAAGGUCUUCCAGCAGAUUCUGAAAACGAUAAGGAUCUCACUUACGAUGCAGAAAACGCUAAGAAGGAUAUCGACAAGGACAUCAGGGAUACAUUCGAGAAAGUUGCCACGGAAUCCAAGUUCACAUAUGUUCCAUUGGCUCCACCAAUUAUUGAAGCGCCUCAGCUCAAGGAGUUGGGCAAUGCGACUCCUCCAUUGGAAUGGUUUGGUCUUCACCGAGACAAGUUCCCUGAUGCCACACACCAGUUGGCUAUCGUCACACUACAGAAGCUCAUCCAUGAGAUCGAUGAGCAUUAUUCCAAAGCACUUGGACCAUCCUAA